GAAUGUACUAAUAGGCUAAGUUUGCAUAUGAUGACGCCCAAUGCAAACGGUCUGACCGCCCGUAAUAAAGUUCCUCUCUUCGAUCUGAAGGACGGAUUACCCUCCUCCGCCCCCGGCGAGAAUUCCCUCAUAGUUUGACAUCCUGCGUUCUCUAGGAGACGUCAAAGGAUAUGGCGGGAAGUCCAGCACAAAUCGUGUAAGCUGUGGUGAGCGGUGACUGUCUAGUAACUCAUGUCUCCCCUUGUAGCCAAGGACCGUUCUUCAUCGGGCUGAUCAUCAACAUCCUCUUACACGGUGUCCUUACCACUCAAGUAUACUUAUAUUUUACCACACAUAACAACGAUAGACUUUGGCUUAAGAUGCUAAUAAUACUUUUGUACAUCGCAGAUACGUUCAACUGUAUGAUCAGUAUAUAUUACAUCUACGAUGUUCUAGUCACUCAUUUCGGCGAUGAGGCGAACCUUUCGAUUGCCAACUGGGCUUUCGCAGCUGAUGCCGUCUUGACAGGUGCAAUUGGAGGGGCGGUGCAACACUUCUUUGCAUGGCGGGUAUACGUGAUGACCGAAAAGGCGUUCGUUGUGCUGGCUAUCGUUCUUUGUAGCCUAGUCAACCUGGCAGGCUCACUUGGUGCCACUGUCGGUGUCGCCCUCAAUCCCAAUCUUUUACUGUUGCCACGUCUUACAGUUGAAGUCACGAUGUGGUUGGUCGGGGCGGUCCUUGCCGACACGAUCAUCGCCGUUUCGCUCGUAUGGCAUCUGAGAAGAUACAGACAUCUUUACCCUGCACUGACCAGCACCAUUAAUCGGAUCCUCAGGACGACUGUACAGACCGGAGUCUUGACGACCAUCGUUGCUAUCGUAGACUUGACGUGCUACCUGACCAUCAGUUCGGGCAUUCACCUGAUAUUUAACAUCCCACUCUCAAAACUCUACACAAAUUGUAUGUUAUCCAGCUUAAAUGCGCGUAAGGAGUGGAAAUACGAUGGAUCGGCAGAGGAACCGAGCCUUGGGGGCAUUAGUAGUCGGUUUUCCGCAUUUCAAAUACAGCAUACACAACCGGAGGUUUCCGUGUGCGUCGAACCGUACUGGAUGGCCGUCACGGACGAUAAACCGCAUGACAGUCUCUCCCAUCACUGCGGUACUUCUAAACAUGUAUGGAGUCGUAAGGAAGAUGGCUCGAGCAUUGGCGAUGUCUGCAAAGAUGUGCCUAUUGUACCAUAGUACUUAAGCCAUGGCGGGUGUAAUCAUUCUAGGGUAAGCACUUUCAACCUCCGGAGGCGCUUUAUUGGAAUAUCUUAUGUCCCGUGAUUAGGUAGGUGGUCGUGUUCUGGAUGCAGAGUACAUAGUUGGAGGUACGUGAGUUAUACUCGGUUGUUCCAUUAUCCGGAG